CGGACCUGACGAAUAGAGCUCAAGAUUGAUCCAAGAGCAGCGACUGCAUCCAAAGACAGGGCUGAUCAUCAAAUUCCUUCACCAACACAAUUACCAUCGAGACGAGCAGCCAAGAUGCUUUGUUCCAUCUCCGGCGAAGCUCCUCAGGAGCCCGUUGUCUCGACAAAGUCGGGCAACGUCUACGAAAAGCGACUUAUCGAGAAGUACAUUGACGAGCACGGCAAGGAGCCCGGUAGCGACACAGACCUUGACAAGGAGGACCUCCUACCCAUACAAACCUCUCGUGUGGUCCGCCCAAGGCCCGCUGCUCUCACAUCCAUCCCAGCUCUUCUCUCAACUUUCCAGAAUGAAUGGGAUUCCCUAGCCCUUGAGACAUACAACCUGCAGCAGCAGUUGCAGCGCACACGAGAGGAGCUUGCAAAUGCCCUCUACCAGCACGACGCUGCGAUUCGCGUCAUAGCCCGUCUCACAAAGGAGCGCAACGAGGCGCGCGAUGCCUUGGCCAAGGUGACAGUUUCUGCACCAGCUCCUGCCGCCGCAAAUGCCGGAGAUUCGGCCAUGGCGAUAGAUUCGGAGCUCCCACAAGAUGUGGCGGAGCACGUGGACGAGACGGCGCAAAUGCUGUCAAAGUCACGAAAGAAGCGCCCGACGCCCCCAACAUGGGCCUCGCCGGAGGAUAUUUCUUCGUUGGAAAAAGUAGCGUCAGAUUCUCUGCACCCUCUGACGCAAGCUACCUCACUCGGCGUCGACGGUGGCUAUGCAGCUGUAGGAGGCUUCUCUGGCGACCUGGCCAUUUACUCGCUCGAGGCAGCGAAGCUGGAGCGUACCCUGAAUGUCGGAGAGCCUGUCACAGCUGUUCUCUGGAGCGGCACCAAGGUCAUACUCGGGACUACUAAGGGCGCUGUCAAGGUUUAUGACAGUGGCAGCGAGGUCGCUUCCUUCUCAGAACAUGCUGGAGGAGUCACUGGGCUGGCAAUACACCCUGGAAGCGAUAUUGUGGCCUCGGUGGGUGCCGACAGGGGAGUCGUGCUGUACCAGCUGAGCACGCUCAAGAAGGUUUUCCAGACACGGACCGACGCAUCUCUUACUAUGUGCGCCUUCCACCCGGACGGCGCUCUUGUCGCUGCUGGAACGACAUCAGGGGAUAUCAAGCUAUUCCACACAAAGACUUUGGAGGAGGCUGCCUCUUUCCCUCUCGGCGCUCCUGUACAGGCCGUAGCAUUCUCAGAAAAUGGCUACUGGUUUGCCGCCGUGGCCAAGGCGCAAACCGCAGUUACUAUCAUGGACCUUCGCAAGUCCGGCGAUGCAGCCAAGGUCAAGACGCUGGACGUUGGAACCGGUGUUCUUGCUGCUCUCGCUUGGGACUACACCGGCCGUUUUCUUGCCGCUGCUGGCGCCUCGGGCGUUUCAGUACAAGGGUACAACAAGAGCUCCAAGGCAUGGACCUCUUUGUUGCAGAAGGGAGACGCUGCAGGAGCGGUUGCUUUGGCCUGGGGGCCUGACGCAAAGAAGCUGGUGGCCAUCAAGCCUGAUGGUGUCCUCGAAAUGUUGGGAGUCCCCAGCGCUGCUGAGGAAGAAGCUCCUGCGGCGGAGGCGUAGAGUGCGAAAUCGUCGAAGGGGAAGGGGAAGGGCAAGGCUGUGGAGGAAGCAGGCUCAAGAUCGUCAGUGAGACCAAUACUUGAGGACAGGCCUAUGACGAAUCAAGUAAAUUUGGAAGAUUGGGCCGAAGGACUUGCGGUUAUCUUGGAACAGGCCAGGGAUGCAAUGCCUGCGAGCCAAGACUUUCACGGUUACGGGACGGCAAAUAUGUUGAUAGGAGAAAUUUCGAAAGCAGAAACGCAACCACCGGCAAAGGCACCCGAGCAUCACCCCUUACCGGGAUCGAGGCCAGGUCCAUCAAGGAGCCGAUAUUCCUCGAGCACAACUUCGUCGCCCCAUUUAUCAUGGUCGAAGUGGCCCGACCUAUCGCGACCACGAUCUAAUCCAUUUAGUUCUAGAGCACUGUUUGUCGUAUCGCCGCUAUCAGGCAUACUGGUUCCCAGAGAGAUGAUAGCUCUAGAGAGUUCGCCUGCCCAGCCCAAAAAUCGCGAGCAGAAUCAGAGUGAGGGCCGGCCUGAUGACAACGUGGACUACCUCGAUGACGAUGACCUGUACAACGACCUAGACGACGAGUGGUUCGGGGAGCUCGAUGACAAGCGCCCUCAGGCUGCGUCUCCGCCUUCGUCUGACCCAGCUGAGCUACCUUUUCCAUCGCCACAAGAAGCUUACCCGGACUUUUUUGGGCCAUCACCCCCAGUCCUAGAUAGCCUAUUGCAUCCUGUUACGUCUUUGUUGCUGGCCUCGACAACAAGAAAAAAGUCAAGGCCUUGUCCUUGAUUAGACGAAGGAUACACUACGCAAUAUAAACUUCGUAAGGAGCAUUUUGUUUACAAGACAAGCAUCGCUGUUCAUUAUAGUCAAUCGGUUGGGUAAUCCUUUCUGUUCUGUGUUUGUUUUUCCCGGUUUCUUAGUUAUCCUUUCAACCUACCAUUGUUCGUGUAUUAUAUUCUCUCUUGAUAGCUGCAGCUGUACAGUCAUCACACGCAGCAAGGUCGGUAUCGUAUAAAGGGGUCAAGACAAAAGCUAUAAUUCUUUUUUUCUUUUUCUUUUUUUUUUUCGAUAUUUCUUGUGGCUCGUUUUUAUACUUCAAGGCACUGCCUUUCUCUUCUCUCCCCUCUUGCCCUCGGUUUCCUCUCUCAACAACGCCUCCCUCCGGCCGGAACUCGUCAGGUCCAAGUAUGGCGCCUCGC